AUGGGUCUUCACAGGAAGGAAAGAGGAAGUUUCUCCAGCCAUCACCGGUACAGUACCAACCAUAACAGCCACAGCACCAACCACCACAGCAGGAGUACCAUCCACCACAGCAGGAGUACCAUCCACCACAGCAAGAGUACCAUCCACCACAGCAGGAGUACCAUCCACAACAGCAAGAGUACCAACCACCACAGCAAGAGUACCAUCCACCACAGCCAGCAAGAGUACCAACCACCACAGCAAGAGUACCAACCUCCACAGCAAGAGUACCAUCCACCACAGCCAGCAAGAGUACCAACCACCACAGCAAGAGUACCAACCUCCACAGCAAGAGUACCAUCCACCACAGCAAGAGUACCAUCCACCACAGCAAGAGUACCAACCACCACAGCAAGAGUACCAUCCACCACAGCCGGCAAGAGUACCAACCACCACAGCAAGAGUACCAACCUCCACAGCAAGAGUACCAUCCACCACAGCAAGAGUACCAACCACCACAGCAAGAGUACCAACCACCACAGCAAGUGUACCAUCCACCACAAUAAGAGUACCAACAACCACAGCAAGAGUACCAACCACCACAGCAAGAGUAACAACCACCACAGCAAGAGUACCAACCUCCACAGCAAGAGUACCAUCCACCACAGCAAGAGUACGAACCACCACAGCAAGAGUACCAAUCACCACAGCAAGAGUACCAUCCACCACAGCAAAAGUACCAUCCACCACAGCAAUAAUACCAACCACCACAGCAAGAGUACCAACCACCUCAGCAAGAGUACCCACCACCACAGCAAGAGUACCAUCCACCACAGCAAGAGUACCAUCCACCACAGCAAAAGUACCAUCCACCACAGCAAGAGUACCAACCACCACAGCAAAAGUACCAUCCACCACAGCAAGAGUACCAACCACCACAGCAAGAGUAACAACCACCACAGCAAGAGUACCAUCCACCACAGCAAGAGUACCAACCACCACAGCAAGAGUACCAUCCACCACAGCAAGAGUACCAUCCACCACAGCAAGAGUACCACCCACCACAGCAAGAGUACCAACCUCCACAGCAAGAGUACCAACCACCACAGCAAGAGUACCAUCCACCACAGCAAAAGUACCAACCUCCACAGCAAGAGUACCAUCCACCACAGCAAGAGUACCAACCACCACAGCAAGAGUACCAUCCACCACAGCAAGAGUACCAUCCACCACAGCAAGAGUACCACCCACCACAGCAAGAGUACCAACCUCCACAGCAAGAGUACCAACCACCACAGCAAGAGUACCAUCCACCACAGCAAAGUACCAACCUCCACAGCAAGAGUACCAUCCACCACAGCAAGAGUACCAACCACCACAGCAAGAGUACCAACCACCAUAGCAAGAGUACCAUCCACCACAGCAAGAGUACCAUCCACCACAGCAAAAGUACCAUCCACCACCUCAAGAGUACCAACCACCACAGCAAGAGUACCAACCACCACAGCAAGAGUACAACCACCACAGCAAGAGUACCAUCCACCACAGCAAGAGUACCAUUCACCACAGCAAAAGUACCAUCCACCACAGCAAGAGUACCAACCACCACAGCAAGAGUACCAUCCACCACAGCAAGAGUACCAUCCACCACAGCAAGAGUACCAUCCACCACAGCAAGAGUACCAUCCACCACAGCAAGAGUACCAUCCACCACAGCAAAAGUACCAUCCUAAACAGCAAGAGUACCAACCACCACAGCAAGAGUACCAACCACCACAGCAAGAGUACCAUCCACCACCACCCUGCAGUACCAGCACCACUCCGUCAGACAUACAACGCAAAACACUGCAGUGA